AUCCAACGCGGCACCCUGGAGUCCAUCACCAAGGCGGCCAAGUGUUGGUUCAUGCUCCCUAAGCUGCUGCUCGGGCACGCCAACUUCCGAGGCGGCAAGAGAGGCAACGCCCAGCUCACCACUACGCUGUUCCGCUGGGCCUUGGAGAUCAGGGAGCACCGCGAAACGCGGCUUUGGGGCGCCGUCCUAGACUGCGCCUCACCCCCUUUGCGCGCCAGGCGGAAGACUACCGCAGAGCACGACAUUAUGACGGCACGCAAACUUGUGGAGGCAGGCGCCGUGGGCAAAACUACGAGAGUUUUCCGCGAAGCAUUCGAAAUUGCCGGGGACGAGUUGACCCUUCAAGCCGCACCGCAGCUCUUCCUACAUGAUCAGCCACAGCCACUCGCCGCCUACUACGAACAGGAUGACGAGCAGCAGCACUUCGAGCUACACUUCGCCAAAGCCUUGCGGGCCGCACCAAAACGAAGCGCAGCUGGGCCCGACGGGUGGCGGUGCGAGCACCUGCAUCUCGUCCAAACUGACCUGUCCGCUCUGUGUGCCCUGACCACAGUGGCCGCAGCACUAGCCCGCGGCACCCUCCCGCAGGAAGUUGAGGAACUGGCGACGGCCGCCCGCUUCCUCCUGCUUGCCAAGAGCCCCACCCGAAUCCGCCCCAUUAACCUCGCCAGCUCGCUUUGCUGUCUCGCGCCCAAGGCGGUUAACAAAAUGGUGGCGGACGAGGUAGCCGAGGGGCUCCGCGGCAAGCAGUUCGGGUGCAAGCGCGCGGCUGGGGCGGAACUGGUCCACGAGCGCGUGUCCACUGCCCUCCGCGUCCUUCUGGGCUACGCUGUAGUCUACCGCGACGCCGGGGGCAGAAGACGCAUCUGGAACCGAGCGACGGAUAUCUUCCACGGGUGCGGCAUGGCCACCGCGCUCGUCUGCCUCGGACUGGACCGAGCCCUCGAGAGGGCCAAACACCAACUCGACGCAGCAGGUGUGCAGCGCGAGCUUUUCGGUUACGUCGACGACCUCGCCAUCCUUGCGAAGCCUGAAGACGCACCCACCAUAUGCGCAGUCUACACCAACGCACUGCGCCAAGCCGGCCUCCAGACACGCGUCGACAAGUGCGAG